ACGAACAUGUAACGGACGCCUCGCAGAUACAGACGGGAGUGUCCAGACACACAAAAUCUCCUGGUCAAGCUACUGAGAUCCACGUGGCUCUUGUAAAGAUGGCGUUUAUUAAAGUGGAGAGUGAAGACAUGAAGAUUGAAGAUGCUUUCAGAGUCAAACAAGAAGAAUCUGAGGAAAAACCAGAUCUGAAGGCGCUGAAAGAGGAGAGUGAAAUACUGAUUGAAAUGGAAGAGGAAGAUCAGUGUGAGACAUAUCAUGAUUUCAAAACUGGAGAAAAAUCUGUUAAAUGCCCACAGACUAAAAAAACUUCCUCAAGAAAAAGAAUUCAAAAGACAGGAACUAGAAGUUAUUUAAUCUGCCAACAGUGUGGAAGAAGUUUCACUGAAAAGGGAAGCCUUCAAGUGCACAUGAGAAUUCACAAUGGAGAGACCCCUUUUACCUGCAAACUGUGUGGGAAGAGCUUCUCACAAGAAGGAAAUCGUAAGACUCACAUGAAAAUUCACACUGGAGAGAAGCCUUUCACAUGCCCUCAGUGUGGAAAGAGCUUUAGACAUAAAGUAUCCCUUAAAAACCACAGGAGGGUUCACACUGGAGAGACCCCUUUCACCUGCAAACUGUGUGGGAAGAGCUUUUCACUAGAAGGAAAUCUUAAGACUCAUGUGAAAAUUCACACGGGAGAGAAGCCUUUCAUAUGCCCUCAGUGUGGAAAGUGUUUCAGACAUAAAGUAACCUUUAAUGCCCAUAUGAGAAGUCACACUGGAGAGAGCCCUUUCACCUGCAAACUGUGUGGGAAGAGCUUCUCACUAAAAGGUGGUCUUAAAUAUCACAUGAGAAUUCACACUGAAGAGAAGCCUUUCACCUGUGAUCAGUGUGGGAAGAGCUUUAGACAUAAAGCAUCCCUUAAAAACCACAGGAGAGUUCACACUGGAGAGACCCCUUUCACCUGCAAAGUGUGUAGGAAGAGCUUCUCACAAGAAGGAAAUCUUAAGACUCACAUGAAAAUUCACACUGGAGAGAAGCCUUUCACAUGCCCUAAAUGUGGAAAGAGUUUCAGACAUAAAGUAACCUUUAAAAACCACAUAUGUAUUCACUCAGGAAAGAACUGUUGAAUGUUAAAUGAAGUUCACAGACAGGAAUCACCUUAAAGCGGAUAUAACACACAGUUUCUGCCAAUCUCAUGUUAAUUUUAAGUACCUGUAGAGUAGUAAUGCAUCCUUCGUAUUUCCAAAGUGUCUUCAGUUUUAUUAGAUUUACAGAAGACAGAUAUAGCUUUACGCUUCUCUCUUAAAACAGUCAGGUUCCUGGAGACGUGCCGUGGGCGGAGCUAAAGAGUCACAAGCACAUGAAGCUUCUGCAUAGCGAUUGUCCGUAAGCUGACACACUUGACAUAAAACAGGAACAAAAUUUUUUACUUAAAUUUUAUUUAGGGAUGUACGAUAUAUCGGCAGCCAUAUCGGUACCGAUAAUGAUAAUAUUAAAAACAACAUUUAUCGGCAUAAAUGUUGUUUUUAAUAUUAUCAUUAUCGGUCCGAUAACAAAAUUAGGUUGAUAUCUUAAAGCCAAUAAAUUAUGGAUUAUUUCCGCAGUUUGAGCCACUUCAUGUGCUUGCUGCUGGCUACUAAAGUUUUGAUUGAUGCUUUCUGUGACGUUGCAUGAAGCAAAAGCGCAGUUAGAAGCUUUAUUGCUAGAGAGAAGACAAGAUGUCUGCGGUGUGGAAGUUUUUCAUCAUGAAAAAAGAAGACCUCAGACCUGCAAUUUGCAACAGCUGCAAAAAUGAGGUAAUGCGAGGGGCAGUAGAGCAAAAAACUUCAAUACAACUAAUCUAAUAAGCCAUCUAAAGUUUCACCAUCCUGAAAUUAUAAAGAUUAUCAGACGAAAGUCAUUGCCAAACAAACAGUGUCACCCACUACCAAAGAGCCGGUGCAACAAACACUUGACAAUACAAUAAAAUUUGACAAGGACCAUGCCAAAGCAAAAGCCAUCACAUGCAAAGUUAUUGAAAUGAUUGCAAUUGAUGACCAACCGUUCAGCAUUGUUGAGGAUUUGGGAUUUCGUCAUCUUAUCGAUUUAUUGAACUGCACUACUCCCUCCCUAGCCAGUGGCACUUUGCUGACAUUUCGUUCCCCGCUCUAUACAAUGAAGUGGCAACUCAUGCUUUUGGGCAAAAAUGUGACUGAUAUAAGUUUUACUACUGACAUACGGAGCUCCGACUUAAGUCCAGUGAGUAUGUUGAGCCUUACUGCUCAGUGGAUUGAAGAAAACUUUGAGAUGAGGAGAGUAAUGCUUCAAGCACAAGAAUGCCCAGGCUCUCACACGCUGCUAUAGCGUGGGCACUCGAGAGCAUGUUAGCUCAGUGGAACAUAACAAAAAAUAUGGUACGUUGUGCUGCAAGAUAAUUGCCGAAAUAUGGUUAAAGCCACAAUCUUAGCUGAAUGGCUCAUACCCUCCAGUUAGCCAUGCACGAAGGAGUCCUGAGCCAGCGCAGCAUUUUCAACUGUAUGGCGAUAGGGAGAAAGAUAGUCGGGCACUUCAAACAUUCUCACCUUGCCAUGUCCCGACUUGGAGAGAUACAGACACAGCUAGGACUGUCAAAAAAGAUUCUACAACAAGACACUCAGACACGUUGGAACAGUAUGUUUUAUAUGAUGUCAAGUUUGUUAGUGCGAGCACUUGUUGCAUAUGGGGCAGAAUAUGAGCUUCCCACCUUUUUUUUUUUUUCAGCACAUACUAGUGGGGCCUUAUUGAAAAUGCAGUAACACUGCUUGCGCCUUUUGAAGAACUGACGAGACAAAUAAGUUCACACAUAGCGACUGCUUCAGACGUGAUUGCCUUUGUUGAGGCUCUGAAACGUUUACUGAACAAAAGUCUUAGUACAGAUAGCAGGUUGAAGAUAACAAAAGCUACUCUGCUGCAGAUUGUGAAGCACUGGUUUAACGGCAUAUACACCAAGCCUUUGUACUUCUUGGCAACGAUCUUUGUAACCAAGGUGCUGCUGAACCAACUGAACAAGAUGACAGCACCUGAAAACAGCAUGGAGAAAGAGAGAAAUAGGGCUGUGACGGUCGCUGUGACAACCGCAUCACCGCUGUGGUUGGUUGUAGAGGCUGACAUUUUUUCGGGAAUCCCAUGGGUCACGGGAAUCCCGCGGGAUGGGAAACAAAAUCGCUACGAAUCACGUGAUUGGGACGGGACAGGAAAAAAUGUCAUAGGGAGUGGGCAGGACUGGGAAUAGUAAUGUUACCCAACUUUAUACAUAAAUAUACCUUUUAUAUAAAUAAACUAUAAACUGUA